UGCAGGUUAUUUUCUCCUCCUUUCUGCACUACUACCACCACCAUGCCAAGCACCAUCCGCCGGCAGAUGAAAAACAUGGUCAACAACUACUCUGAGGCGGAGAAGAAGGUCAGAGAGGCCACGUCCAAUGACCCCUGGGGCCCGUCCUCCUCCCUCAUGUCCGAGAUCGCGGACCUUACCUACAACGUGGUGGCCUUCAGCGAAAUCAUGAACAUGAUCUGGAAACGGCUCAACGACCACGGCAAGAACUGGCGCCACGUCUACAAAGCGCUCACCCUGCUCGACUACCUGAUCAAGACGGGCUCAGAGCGAGUGGCGCUGCAGUGCAAGGAGAACAUCUUCGCCAUCCAGACCCUGAAGGACUUCCAGUACAUCGACAGAGACGGCAAAGACCAGGGCAUCAACGUCAGGGAGAAGAGCAAGCAGCUAGUGGUCCUGCUCAAAGACGAGGACCGCCUCAAAGGAGAGAGGUCACAGGCUUUGAAGACCAAAGAGCGCAUGGCCCAGGUGUCCACGGGGAGCAGUCAGAUGGGUUUUGGUCGAGGCUCGUCCCAACCCAACCUCUCUACGUCCUACAGUGAAGAGUAUGGCAGAUCGGAGGGCUCGCCUGCCUCCUACCACGGCUCCACUUCUCCGAACGCGGGAUCAGAGCUGGAACAAGCCAGGCCUCAGACCAGCGGAGAGGAAGAGCUACAGCUACAACUUGCCUUAGCCAUGAGCAGAGAAGCCGCAGAGCAGGAGGAACGCAUACGCAGAGGGGAUGACCUGAGACUGCAGAUGGCCCUGGAGGAGAGUAAGAAGGAAGGUCCAGGCUCUGCCAAACUUGCCAAGAAGAAGAAGGAGCCGCUGUCGUCUUUGAUGGAUCUAAUGGAUGUUCCCGAGCCAAGGGCCAGUGCUGAUCCCUGGGGCGCAGGGGCUGGGGCUGGGGCUGGAGCUGGAGCUGGGGCUGGAGCCGUAGCUGGAGCUGCAGCACCAUCAGCAGACCCGUGGCAGCCUUAUGGUUCUGCUCCCAAACCACCAGCACCAGUGGACCCAUGGGGUGCUUCUGCCUCUGUCCCCCCACUGAAGAGCAGUGACCCUUGGGCAGCAAACUCCGCUCCUGCAGCAGACCCAUGGGGCUCUGCAGCUGCCCGUCCCAAGAAUUCCACCACAGGUAGCUUUGACCUGUUCAGUACAUCCAAUGGUACGUCCAAAGAAGACUUCUCAGAGUUUGACAGCCUGCGCUCUUCCUCCUCUGUUCCCACUGUUGAUGGGGGUGCAGCAUCCUCUGCCCCGUCUCCGCUCAGUCUGACUAACAGCAGCAGCCUGGACCUCUUCGACCCCUUACCCACCGCCUCUGUCACCACAAACCCAACCAGAAAGACUCCAGAAUCCUUCCUUGGACCCAAUGCUGCCCUGGUUAACCUGGACUCUCUGGUGACCAAACCAGCCCAGCCCGCACCAGUUGUUAAUCCAUUCUUGGCUUCCACAGGUGGCUCUGCUGCAGCUGCAGCUGCGGCCCCCCACGCCAACCCCUUCCAAGUGAGCCAGCCCGCCCCCCCUACUCUCAAUCAGAUGCGCGUCAGUCCGAUGCCCUCCGGCUUUGGCAUGGCGGACCCCAUGGCCCUCUCCUCCAUGCCCGCUCAGCCUGUCACCCUGGUCCCCCUGGCAGGGAUGGCCCCCAUGGGCCAUGGAAUGCCCGGAAUGGGGGCUGGCAGUGUGGGGGCAGUGGGGACAAGCACGGGAAUGAGUGCAGGGAUGCCAGCCUCCAUUUCCAUGGCCCAGCCACUGAUGAGCAUGCCCCCGCCGGCUGGUGCACAGCCCGCCGGAACCACCAACCCAUUUCUUUUGUGAAGGGGUGACAGGGGAGGGGGGCGGG